AUGGUACUCAGCUCUAUAGUGUAUCACAACAACAUGCUGAUAGCCAGCCCCAUCACCCUGCAUCUGGUGGAGGCGCUCCUGCCACUCUUUGACCACGAUAAUAGCCAGGUGCAGGAGGUGUCCAUAUUGCUCUAUGAAACACUGAUGACUCUUGCAUUGGAAAAAGGUAAAAAGGCCCUGAAGACACAGGUGCGGCAGAGCCUGCUCCCACUCUUCAUCCACUGCCAUGACGAGAAUCCAGAUGUGGCAGAGGCCUCUCAGCAAGCGCUGCAUAGUGCGGCCAAGUUCCUGAAGAGGAGGGAUCUUGAAAAUCUGGUGAAGAAGGAACAGCUGUGGCAGUUCGCCGAGUGCCUGGUAAGGACGGCCUGGAAGCGCCAGGCUGAGGCUGGAGCAGCCCCCUGAGCGCGGCGCUCACCGUGUGCGCUUGGCAGCUGUGGCCCUGCCCAGCGCUGCACGCAGGGGCCGCACGGGCUCUUCUCCCGGCUCCUGCGGCCCCGAGCCGGCUGCCCACGGAGCCCCGGCCCAGCGGGGCUGCGGGCCGGGCCGGCACCGC